AUGGCUGACAACAGCGGAGGCAACCCAUUCCUUGUCUCGCCGUCAACGGGCCACCGCGCCACGCGGUCCUCCUCCUUCUCCUUUUCAUCCUCGGCCUCCGGCGCCGUCGCCGAUGAAGCCGGGACUCACCACCGCGCGUCCGGCGCCGGCGACGGCAAGGCGGCGGGAGCGGAGGCGGACGCGGGGGCAGCGUUCGUGCUGGAGUCGAAGGGGACGUGGUGGCUGGGGCUCGGGGUGCUCACCGCCCUCGGAGCCAUCUCCUUCUACACCUACUACAUCAUGUCCAGGGUGCUCGACCACUGCGAGGCCGCCGGCCGUCGCCACAUCCGAUUCCGAGACCUCGCCGCCGACAUCUUUGGAUCUGGAUGGGCGUUCUACCUGGUGGUGGCCGUGCAGACUGCAAUCAACACCGGAACAACCAUUGGCAGCAUCUUGCUCGCCGCCAACUGUGUAGAGAUUCUGUAUUCGAGCUUGAGAACUGAUGGCCCUUUGAAACUGUACCAUUUCAUCCUUCUUAUCGCCGUCGUGUUGGCUUUACUAUCCCAAAUGCCGUCAUUUCACUCUCUCCGCUACAUCAACCUCGGCUCGCUGCUCCUUAGCUUGGGCUACACCAUCCUCCUUUCCGCCGCCUGCAUUCGGGCAGGUCUCUCGAGCAAUGCUCCGACGAAGGAUUACUCGCUGAGCACUUCCAAGUCGGAGAAAACAUUUGACGCCUUCCUCUCCGUCGCCAUCCUAGCUGCCGCGUAUGGCAACGGCAUCCUGCCGGAGAUCCAAGCCACGCUAGCGCCACCGGCCGCUGGGAAGAUGGCGAAGGCGCUUGUGAUCUGCUACUCGGUAGCGUCCUUCACCUUCUACCUACCGGCCAUCACCGGCUACUGGGCCUUUGGCAAGACGGUGCGGUCCAACGCCAUGCAGAGCUUGAUGCCCGAGACGGGGCCCUCGCUAGCACCGACAUGGCUUCUCGGCCUUGCCGUUGUGCUCGUCCUCCUCCAGCUCCUCGCCAUCGCGUUGUUGUACGCGCAAGUGGCGUACGAGGUGAUGGAGAAGAUGCUGGCAGACCCGACGCAAGGGAGGUUCUCACAGCGGAACCUCAUGCCAAGGUUGGCACUGAGGACCAUCUAUGUGGCGUUCUGCGCGUUUGUGGCGGCGGCGCUGCCGUUCUUCGGUGCCAUUGUGGGCGUGAUUGGGUCCGUGGGGUUCAUCCCGCUCGACUUCGUGAUUCCCGUCGUCAUGUACAACAUGGCCGUGUCUCCACCUAGGAGGUCGCUGGUGUACAUAACCAAUUUUGUGAUCAUGGUUGUGUUCACCGGCGUCGGGGUCAUUGGCGCCAUCGCCUCCGUUCGGAAACUUGUGCUCAACGCCGGGCGGUUCAAGCUCUUCAGCGACCAUGCCUUCAACUGAAUCCAUUUCUUGCUUCUACCACACCGGCCCAUAUAUUACAUCUUUUUUUUGUUAGAAAUAUUCAUCCAAUAUUUCUUCUAGUAGUCAGCUCCAAGUUAUGCAAUUCGUGGUUAGAUUGUCAACAUCACAGAUCAAAUCCUAGCUUUAGCGCUUUAAUGUCUCAUAAAAGCGAAUAUUUUUUCAUUGGGGGGCGACAUUAGAGAGGCGAUUGUUUUGAUUUCGCCAAUCUCAAGACCCGUUGGAUCCUUCUUUCAGUCCCAA